AUGCUGAGACGUGGUGCAGGACGACCACGCAAGAGGACGUUGGAAUCUCUGGCGACGAAGUCACUAGAGAGGUCUAUUGGGAUUGAGCCUGUCAGUCAGGGACAGAUUCCUCAUGGUACUGCAGGCGCGUCGGGCUCUCGGAUCCCGACGGUUCUUUCUCCAGAGUUACCCACACCUACAGUAUUCACUGUACCACCAGCAGUACCACCUGCGACAUACCCGACCCCUCCACCAGUAGUGCCUGCUGCUACGUGCCCGACACCUCCUCUAGUCGCGCCUACAGCGUACCCAGCACCACCACCACCUGUGCUUGCUACUGCGUACCCAGCACCACCACCAUCUGUGCUUGCUACUGCAUACCCGGCACCCGCACCAGCAGUACUAGUUGCUCCUUAUCUGGUAUCACCACCUACCGUACCUCCAGCUGCUCCUGCCUAUAUUGACCCUGCUGUGCCACCAGCGGUACCUACUCCGGCUUAUGCAAUAGCACCAGGGGUACCUCCCUCGGCCUAUCCAGCGGUACCACUUGUGGUACCAGCUCCAGUGGUUCCGCCAAUUCCCGCAGUGAUCCCUACUCAACCUACAAAUAUUAUUAUGGCAUGA